AUGAAUUUAGUUGAAGAAACGAAUUUUGCUACAAAUUUCCUUAGCACUUUAUCUUCACGUACUGUGAAAUAUCCUCAAGACUUUGCUCCUCCCCCUCAAACGCGCCAAAAACCAACGCAAAAUGUAUUAUUGUCAAACAAAAGCAGAAAGUCAACAGGAAAACCAAGCCUUCAAGAAGGUUCACAAAAUGUUGAGCCUGUUCAAGGAGUCCCAAUUCAAGUAAAAAUCAAAUCAUUAAAAGGAGGUCAAACGUAUACAAUUCAAUUAAAUAAUUCUGAUACAAUUCUUAAUCUUAAAGAGAAAUUACAACCACUUGCUUCAACUUCUGUUAUUAAUCAAAGAUUGAUAUUAAAAGGGAAAGCUUUGGUUGAUACUAAAACUUUAUAUGAAUAUGGUAUUAAUAAUGAUACUACAGUACAUUUAGUUCAAAAAUCUGGUACUUCCUCAAUUAGUUCAAUUACUUCUGAUGCAAUACCUAUUCUUACACCUUCUUCAAGUACCGCUCAAGAACUUCCUAAAGAUCAAAAACUUUCUACUGCUGCUACGGAAAAAUUGAAAGAUCCUCGUUUUUGGCAUACUUUACGUAAUUUUCUUCAAGAUCAAUUUUCUCAAAAUGAUGCUGAUCAUGUUUUUAAAGAUUUUUUAAGUAUUUAUAAAGAAUUUAAUGUUGAAGAUUUUGAUAAAUUUAUAAAAACUGCAGAGUAA